AUGCGGCCAGGACGACGCCCGCCGGCACUCGGCUGUCCGCUCACCGCCCGUGCUAUGCAGGCGCUCGGCCCUCGACCACGUCCUGCUGCGACAGUGCGCCGCGGUCAUCGACGCCGUUGCUGGAGCUCUAAGAACAUCAGGCUGCUCCAGCACUCAACUCUCCAACAAAUCCCCGCUGGUUACGGAUCUAUCCCGCCUGUGCUGGCUUUUGAUUGUUUGCUUCACAGCAUGGCAAGUCCCUGGAGCCCUGUUGCGAGUCUUGAAGACGAGGAGGAAGAGGAAAAGGAAUCUGUUAAAGCAAGUUCGCAGCAGGAGACUCAGCAACAGGACGUUACCCAGCAGCAGCAGAACGUGACCGCUGAAGCAAGCUCACAGAGACAGAGAGGAAAGCGUGCAAGAUCAGUGGAGGCUUCAUCUUUGAAUCCAUCAACUUCAGCUUCUCGCAAGUCGCUGGCAUGGAAAUAUUUCAAUGUAAUUUCACCACAUGGUGCUGAUGUCGUGGCUGAGUGCUUACAUUGUCGUACAAAAUUAAAAGCUUACACCAGGAUGGAAUAUCUGCUAUGUUGA